CUUACACAAUCUGGUCGCACUGAAACCAAAAAGCAAGAGAAUUUUCAUAAGAGCUGCUGAAACAAAUCGAACGCGCGUUUUGACCGUUACCGAAGCAGAAGAAGAAGAGAGAAGCAACCGCGACCAUGUCCAACUUGAGGAAAUUCAAAGACGAGGAGCGCGAGUCGGAGUAUGGCCGUGUCUAUGCGGUCUCUGGCCCAGUGGUCACCGCUGAGGCCAUGUCGGGAUCUGCCAUGUACGAGCUGGUCCGCGUCGGCUACUACGAGCUGGUGGGCGAGAUCAUCCGCCUGGAGGGCGACAUGGCCACCAUUCAGGUGUACGAGGAGACCUCUGGCGUAACCGUGGGCGAUCCUGUCCUGCGCACAGGAAAACCCCUGUCCGUGGAGCUCGGUCCCGGUAUUAUGGGCAGCAUCUUUGACGGCAUCCAGCGUCCUCUGAAGGACAUUGGUGUGAUGACCAGCUCCAUCUAUAUACCCAAAGGCGUGAACACUCCGGCUCUGUCCCGCUCCGAGAUGUGGGAAUUCAAUCCAUUGAAUGUCCGCGUGGGCUCUCACAUCACCGGAGGUGACCUGUACGGCGUGGUGCACGAGAACACCCUGGUGAAGCAGCGCAUGAUUGUGGCGCCGAGAGCCAAGGGCACCGUAAGAUACAUUGCUCCGGCGGGCAACUAUAACCUGGAGGAUAUCGUCCUGGAGACGGAGUUCGACGGCGAGAUCACCAAGCACACCAUGCUGCAGGUGUGGCCCGUAAGGCAGCCGCGUCCCGUCACCGAGAAGCUGCCAGCCAAUCAUCCGCUCUUCACUGGCCAACGCGUCCUCGACUCGCUCUUCCCCUGCGUCCAGGGCGGCACCACUGCCAUCCCCGGUGCCUUUGGUUGCGGCAAGACUGUAAUCUCGCAGGCUCUCUCCAAGUACUCCAACUCCGAUGUGAUCAUCUACGUCGGUUGCGGGGAGCGCGGCAAUGAGAUGUCCGAGGUGCUGCGCGACUUCCCCGAACUGACCUGCGAAAUCGAUGGAGUGACCGAAUCUAUUAUGAAGCGCACUGCCCUGGUGGCCAACACCUCCAACAUGCCUGUGGCUGCCCGUGAGGCCUCCAUCUACACCGGUAUCACUCUGUCCGAGUACUUCCGUGACAUGGGCUACAAUGUGGCCAUGAUGGCUGACUCCACUUCUCGAUGGGCCGAGGCUCUGCGUGAGAUUUCGGGUCGUUUGGCUGAGAUGCCGGCCGAUUCCGGAUAUCCAGCUUACCUGGGCGCCCGUCUGGCCACCUUCUACGAACGUGCUGGACGCGUCAAGUGCUUGGGUAAUCCCGAACGUGAGGGUUCCGUCUCGAUUGUAGGCGCUGUAUCGCCACCCGGUGGUGACUUCUCGGAUCCCGUGACCUCGGCCACUCUGGGUAUUGUGCAGGUGUUCUGGGGCUUGGACAAGAAGCUGGCCCAGAGGAAGCAUUUCCCCUCGAUCAACUGGCUCAUCUCCUACUCGAAAUACAUGCGAGCUCUGGAUGAGUAUUACGACAAGAACUUCCCCGAAUUCGUGCCACUGCGUACCAAGGUCAAGGAGAUCCUGCAGGAGGAGGAGGAUCUGUCCGAGAUCGUGCAACUGGUGGGCAAGGCCUCGCUGGCCGAGACCGACAAGGUGACCCUGGAGGUGGCCAAGCUGCUAAAGGACGACUUCCUGCAACAGAACUCCUACUCGCCUUACGAUCGCGUCUGUCCCUUCUACAAGACGGUGGGCAUGCUGAGGAACAUCCUCUCCUUCUACGAGACCGCUCGUCAUGCCGUCGAGUCCACGGCCCAGUCGGACAACAAGAUCACAUGGAACACCAUUAGGGAGUCGAUGGGUGGGAUCAUGUACCAGCUGUCGUCGAUGAAGUUCAAGGACCCCGUGAAAGAUGGCGAGCAAAAGAUCAAGGCGGACUACGAUCAGCUGUACGAGGACCUGCAGCAGGCCUUCCGAAAUCUGGAGGAUUAAGGGGUGCCAGUGGGAUUCGGAGGAAGCCAGAAAACGAAAUAAGAAGCCACAGCUGGGUUACUUAUUAUUCGAAUUCCCCAUUUCAAUCUAGUCAUAUUUACAUAAUGCAUAAUAAGAUAUUUGAAUCCAAGUUUACUUAUAAGUUUAACCGUUUUUUGGCCAGCUUCAGGUCUAGUCCAGGUCAGAAUCGAAUCACAGAAAACACAGAAACACGACGACAGGCGACCAGUUAGGAAAGACGAACAAUAAUUAGUCGGUAGCGCAAAUGAAUCAUAGGACACGACACAACACACGACACGGAUUGAGCCAGCCAUAAACAUAAUAAAUACAUCAACAACGUACAUAUACGAGACAUAUGUAUACCUAUUCUAUGUUGAUAUAUAUGUAAUUAUAGUUCAGCUAUUUAUUGUUAGUAAAUUUUCAUAAAGUUAUCGAUUGUGUUCGUUCCCUCCCCUCCCCCAUUGCGUGAAACUAACUGAAAAACCAACUAAACGAAUCUAAGAGAGUUUGAAACUUUACGAAUUACAAUAUUAUAUAUAUAUUCCUACAUAUUAUAGACCCUUAAAGAACGCAAUAACAACGUAGCCCCAGAAGCAGAAGACGAUAGCCACUUAUUUCAGUAACUUGUGUGUGUUGCUACAAUGGAGCUAUGGAAAUAAAAAUGUAUUAUGAAUGUUA